AUGGGGAUUAGUUUUUGUGUGUCACUGCACAGCCUCUUUGAAGAUGAUCUCAUUUCGCUAGAAGUUGUUGAAAAUAAGUAUAUGCAAUUUGUUUCGAAGGAUAUGAGGAACAUUUGUAAAACUGAAAAUUAUUUGGUUGUAGCUGGAAUACCUUCAUUAGAUAAUGAUGAAAGGUUUAGAAGAAGGAAUCUACAGAGAGAUACAUGUUGGAGUUACCCUGAAGUGGGAAGGAAUUCAAAUAAUUUCAGUGUAAAGUUGCUUAUAAUUUAUGUUAUUUCACCUCAUAUAAAUUACAAUUGUGAGCUGAGAGAAAUUGUUGGAGAAGAGGAUAUAUAA